AUGACAGAUAUUAAUCGUCAUAGAUAUAGAGAUAGAAGUGAUAGUAGAAGUAGAGAAAGAUAUGAAAAUAGACAUAAAUUAUAUAGAGAUAGAAGUAGAAGUAGAAGUAGAAGCAUAGAUAAAGAAAGAUAUCAUGAAUCUGAUAGACAUAGAUUAUACAGAGAUAGAAGUAAAAGUAGAGAAAGAGAUAGAAUAAAUACUAAACAUGAUAAAAAUAAUCUAGAAAUAGAUAAGAAAAGGAAUACUGAAAGAGAUGAAAAUAAAUAUAGAGAUAGAGAUAAAAAUAGAGGUAGAAGUAGAAGUAGAAGUAAAAGUAGAGAAAGAUAUAAAAAAUAUAAAAGAAAUAGAAGUAGGUCUUCAUCAUCCUCAUCAUCCUCUUCAUCUUCAUCAUCCUCAUCUUCAUCAUCAUCUAAUGAAAGAAAAAAGAGAAAGAAGAAAAAGAAAGAAGAAAAGAGAAAAAGAAAAAAAGAAAAAAAAGAAAAAAAAGAAGAAAAAGAAUUAAAAAAGAAAUUAAAAAAAGAUUCAAAAAAAUCAUCAUCAACAGUUUCAACAACCACAACAACAACAACAACAGCAGCAGCAGCAUCAGCAACAAACACAUCUAAUUUAGUCAACAACAAUAAUAAUAAAAAAAAAAUGGGACCCAUAUCUGAUGAAGAUUAUGAAAAGUUGAAAAAUUCGUAUAGAGAAGUAUUUGAUGAAGAUAGUGGUCGUACUAGAGUUGUGAAUGGUAAUGGUGAAAUCGUUGAAAGAAUAGUUAGUCGUGAACAACAUAAAGCAAUCAAUUAUAUUGCUACUCACCACCCAACUCAAUUUAAAUAA